ACUGCUGCACCAGGUUUAUAUGAAAUAUGAAAUUUGUAGAUAGGUGGCAGGUAGAAAAUUUGGACAGAUUUUAAUUUCAUGUCCCUCAGUCCAUAUACCCCUUCAGAAUGGGCUAGAAUAUAUUUGUAGAAAAUUUGGGAUAUUUGGAUCAUUUAGAUCUGUGUAAUUUUGAUGUUGGUGAAGUUUCCUCAUUUUCUGUUUUUCGUUUCAAGCUCUAAAUGUGUGGUUUCAGAUCAGAUUUUAAUACCAUUUCAUGCGAUGACAAGAUUUGCAGACCACUAAAUUUCUGGUUAAAAUUAUUUUAUGAAUGUAAAUUAAUAUUUGAUAGAGCCCUUUCAGAAUUGGCAACUUUUUAGAGUAACGGAAUAUGUGAUGAAAAUUUGAAAAUAUAUGAAGAGUUUAUUCGCAAAAACAGAACCUUCCUGCUGUAAAUUGAUAUUACGUGGAAUCCAAAAUAAAAACAUGAUUUUUGAACAUUUUUUAAAAACAGAGUGAUCUGUUUUUAAAAAUGAACCGUUUAUAUUUUUUUAUAUGUAUGCAUAUAUGGGUUGUUGAAAAAUAAACCGUACCAUGUGUCCAAUGGUGCAACAGCAAAAAUCUGGAAAAAAAUUGUAGGUAAUAUUUGUUUUAUAUUAAAUAAAAGCAUUUAGUUAUAAAAUAGCAUUUUUUUUGGCUGUCAUAGGACACAUGCACUUUAUUUGUCAAAUACCCAUACAUACAGCUAUAUUUUAAUGCUAUAUUUUAUUAAGAAAUAUUUACGGUGUUGUAUAUUUUUUAAAAGUUAAUUGAGCCAAAUAUUAUUGUCUCAUAUUCUUUUAAUGGAAUUUACUCCACACUUUUAUUCAGCAAAAGAUGUUACGGGCUAAAACAUUUGACAGUAAGAUUCACACAUGGACAUGUGUUGUUGUGAGUGUGGGAGUGUCUCAGUGCAGCAGUAUUAUGACAUUUAUCUGGAUCAUACCAUAUUCUCUAUGCACGGGGGGGUGUUUUAUCUGCACAACAUCACUGGCUUUUUAAUAUCAAAUGAAAUAAAUUCCCUCAUAAUAAUCCCAACAAGAUCCAAAACCCCAAGUCUCCAUAUCACAAAAAAAAACAAAAUCUUGGAUAUAUAGCACAUAUACCCUCAAGUUGUCCUUGGCUGGCCUCCUCACACAGUUGAGCUCCUCCUGUGGCUCAGUGCAGCCAGGUGAGUCUGAGCUGCCAUCAGUCACCAGCAGCAGUGACACACAUGCACUUCAACAGAUUCAAUAACAACUUCAGCACUGAGAACACACAGGCGCUUGUGCAUUAGUGCAUUUCAGCAAGACUUUGACAGACGGACGUAGAUCCCGGUGUCAAAAAUUAGCUGAGCACACACAGCAGACUGAGAGGAAAAGAGAGAGAGAUACGGACAGACUGCAUCUCACAGAGGGGACCGCAGUAGAGCUGAGGUGCAGAAAUGGAGGAAGGGAAUGUAGAGAUCUGGAGCACUUCAGGCAUGGACGAGAGCGAGAGAGAUAGCAGCACAAGUCAUGAUGAGGACGAUGACGAAACUGAGGAGGAAGAUGCACCCGACAAUAACGGAUUGUGCAGAGAGCUGGUACAAGUGCUGUGCUCAGAGAGAGUUGGUCAGAUCACAAAGACAUAUUAUGAUAUCGAGGCAGUUACACACUUGCUUGAGGAGAAAGAGAGGGAUCUGGAACUGGCAGCCCGGAUUGGCCAAUCGCUGCUCAAUCAAAAUAAGGAACUGACUGAACGCAACAAACUACUGGACGAACAGCUGGAAAUUGCCCAGGAAGAGGUAGCACAGCUGCGUCAUGAGCUCUCUAUGAGAGAUGAUCUCCUGCACUUUUAUGCCAGCACUGAAGAUCUCGAGCAUGCCACAGAAUCAGUACUUCGAAAAGAUAUACAGAUACGGGGUGAUUCAUCAACAUGUCUCAGCAGCUAUGUCAAUUAUGACUUUCUGCAACAGAAACUCAAGGGUUUGGAGGACGAGAACUUCAAAUUGCGGUCAGAGGCUGAUGAGAUAACAUUUGAGACUAACAAUUACGAGGAACAAGAACAGCGGCUUAUGAUGGUGUGUGUGGAUGAGCUCUCGUCUGUGAAUAAGCAGGUUGUAUCACUGUCUGAAGAGUUGGCACGAAGGGUGGAAGAUUCUUUAAGACAACAAGAGGAGAUUAGUGUUCUUCUGGGACAGAUUGUCGACCUGGAACAGCGCUGCAAAGGGCUCACCUCUGAGAACGAGGAGCUGACCCAACAUCUGAACGCCUCACGAGAAAUACAGUCACAGCUUAAAACAGAGCUGAAGGACCUGCAGGAGAGAAACUCUGAAUGUGAUGAUAUGUUACAUGAAGCGAGGGAAGAUCUAAAGAACCUGCGUAAUAAGAGUCUUCCUAACAGCACAGUGCAGCGUUACAGCACCCUUGCUGCCAUCUUCCCGAUGGACUCACUUGCAGCUGAGAUCGAAGGAACCUUCCGGAAAGGCCUCGACAGCCCGGCACCCACUGAAUACAAGAAUCACCCAUUGCGUGUGUUUGAGACUGUGAAAGUAGCCAAUCAGGUGACUCGGCUGCGUUCUCAAAGCCAGUCUCCUAUGGUCCCGGGUUCGAGUCCUGCAUCAUUGCGCUCGAGUCGAAUCAGUACGCCGCGUAUCAGUUAUUACGAAUCAGACUCUGCCAGUGUCCACCUAGAAGAUAAACACUCUCCUCUGAAACACACAGAGGAUCAUGGAUUGCAGGACUUAAAGCGUUUGGGCGAGCCUGGGACACCGGGCGGGCAGGAUUUAGAGGCAGCGCUGCGGUCUCUGUCAGAGCGACAGGAGAGCCACACGUCAGAGCGGCCGUUCUUCGAGGUGGAGAGAGAGAGGAAACUUCGCGCCCUGCAGAGCAAAAGCAGUGGAGGUGGAUCCAGUGGAUUCCUGACGCCCAAUGACAGCGUCAUUUCCACAGGAACCAAUUACUCUGGUAGCUCUACACACUCGUCUGGAACAGGAUCCUCCCGCUCGUACCUGCCUGAACGUCUGCAGAUAGUUAAGCCGCUGGAGGGUUCAGUCACUCUGCACCAAUGGCAACAACUUGCGAAGCCCAAUCUUGGAGGCAUCCUUCAGGCACGGCCCGGCGUCCUCACCAAAGACUUCAGAGAGCUGGACAUAGAUCUUCAGCAUGUCUACAGCCUCAAUGACCUGGAGGAGGAUGAGCCGGAUCCAUCCAAAUUCCCAAACCUCCUUCAUGGCACUGUUGUCACUUCAUCCGGACCUAACAUCCCUCACAACUGUCCCACACACCCCACCAGUAGCUGUCAGAUCCUUCAUCCCUCUGUUCUCCUGUCCUCCUUCUCAAACAGGGUCUCACGUGGAGUCUUUCCCUUUUUCCCCAGCGUUCGGCCCCGCAGUGCGUCCGCUUGUGGGAGCUGUGAGCACAUGUUGACUUCAUCAGGCCUCCAGCAGGUCUCUAGGUCCCCAGCGCACAUCCACCCAUCUGCCAACCCUUCAUCCCUCGGUCUGCUGCAGCUGGUUUCAGAUCACGGGAUCUCAGCUUCCACCCGACCCAUCUCUCCUCUCACUCAGAAAGCCCUGGCCGCUCACACCACAACCUCAGACUUUGGUAGUACUGAACAAAGAAACCGAGAGCAGACGCUUCAGAGCAUUUUCAGCCUCAAUCUUGUGGAAAAACUCAGAAGUCUGGGCCUCUAUAAAGUGGUUGCACGAGGCUUUGUGGAUUUUAGAAGGAAAGAGAUGCCGGACUCAAAUAACAGUCACACGUGAAGCUCACAGAGCAUUAAAGAGGCAUUCUGCACAUCAUCUUCAUUUUGGCACGCAGCUGAUUUAUUCCCAUUUAUUUUGGAGCAUUGUUUAAAGCCAUAUUGACUGAAAAACAUAUCCAGUUGUUUGCAUCUUUAGGGAUGAUGUUUUAUUUAAUGUUUGUGGCACUGGUUUAAGUAAACAAUAUAGACUGAACCAUAAAGUUUUUUUGUACAAUUGUAUUCAUAGUUUGUCUCUUCAGAAGGGGAUUGCUGUACAUUUUUUAAACAUGUCCUCUCUUGUAGAGAAUCUGUCCCCAUCUUUCUUGGAAUCACUGUGUUUUAAUAUGUGGAAAAUGUUGUUUUGUAGCAACACUAUAGAAAAACGCACUAUAUCUGACUUCUGUUUUGCUUGCUACCCACCAAGCAUCAGAAAAGUGUGUUUCCUGAGAAAUGUUGGUGGAAAGCAGCACUUUUCUGAACGUUCAAAUCUUCUUUUAUUCCCAGAGAAUGCAUGGUACAUUAUGUGAGGUUAUGUAGUGUAUGUGCAACGCGUACACCGUUAAAACAACAAACUCUUGUUUGGGAAACAUUUUACAGUCCAGUCCGGUUUUUCUUUUAAAUGUGUUUAAAUUCAAGAACAUCUGUUGUAGUAAAUGCACAUUUACUCAAAUGUAUGUAAAAUGCAUGACACAUAUUCACCAGUACAUUUAUGAUUGAUUUGUCCGAAUCGGGGAUGCAAAAAUACAUUAAGUGAAUAAACAUUGAUGCAGAGGCUGAGACACAAACACGUGAUUUGAUUAUAUAUACAUUCAUCUUCAGCCAACAUCUAUGGGACUGCUGUUUUAUCAAGAGUUUGUACUUGAAGGAGGUGAGAUGAAAAUGAGGUAUUCAGUGUUGUCUGUUGAGGGCGCUUCUUAUCCAGAAUCGUAGAUUAAAUAUGUUAAAAUAAGUUAAUAUUGAAAUGAAUAUAUUUAAAAUAUAAUAAGUAGUGGUAAACCACAACUGUCACACUUGUAGAAUAUGUAAAGAAUUGAUAAACACAUUUCAAGCUUGAGCAAUUGUAUUUUCACAAAGCCUUUCACUUGUUCCACAUUAUAAUAAUUCCCUUGAAACUCACUGUAUGUAAAUAAACCUGGACACUUAAACACUGUGUUACGUGGGAAUAAAAAAUUCACUAUUUUUUGUGAAUGUUC